AUGCAGCUCAACAUGCCAUAUUAUAUCAGGUUACUUUCUGGACCCAAGUUGCCGUUACCACAUUCAAUAUUUACUUUGAGGAUGGCCUUCUACAAGUUUACGGAGUGUACACAUCCUCAUGUUUCUUCAAGCGUAGCAGAAAAGAGUGGUCUCACGUGGAACAACUCAAUGGUCCAAAUAAACUGCCUUACUGUGGUUGGCGCUCUCAUAUUCUUCGUACAACUUUGCUGUGUUUGCUCGGAAUCUGGGAUUUUCCACGAUCCACUUGAGAUUUGGAUUUCCACUUUGAGGGCAUCCGAAACAAGGACACUUCUAGGAGUACAACAACAUUCGUCGGGAAAAGUGUACACUCGUGGUUUUGCCAAAAGCAGUCUUGGAACUAUUUUGUUCCCUGUUGUGAUUCAUUCCGAUGAAUCGGCCACCGAAGGUGCGAAUUUCACGAAAGGUCUACUCGCCGACAUCUACAUUCGGGGGAGCUCUGCGCAGGAAAGCUACAGUCAAUUUUUGGAAUACAUGAGCGGUUACUUCUGUGAAACGAAUGACGGGGAACACUGGGAAUGUUGCGAUCAGUCGUUUCUAACUGCUUCAUGCGAGGACGUACCACAAAAGGCGAAAGAUGUGAUGAGCCUGAUAGUUGACCCAAUUCAGAGUAUCACACUUAUCUUUCUGUAUCAUUGGUGUGUCGAAGCUUGGCACGACUAUCGAAACCAACCAAAUAUUUCUAUUUGGCAAGAGCUGGAGAAGUACUGUCCUAAUCCGUGCCAUGGGAACCCAUGUCUAGGGUUAUUGGGAAUAGACGAUCCCCUCGCCUGCAAGAAGUUCGGAGCAUAUGAAGAUGAAUAUCGUUGUGACUGUGAUGAUAUGCAUGUUUGGAACCCACAACGAACUGUUUGCGAGCCAAAAAACCCAUGCAUGAAUAAGCAGUUUCCGCCUUGCGUGAUGGAAAACACCGUGCGAUGCGUGAGUACCGGACUCAACCAAGUCAGAUGCAUAUGCAAGGAACAAUUCAUGGGUUUAGAUUGUUCAUUGCUCCGAGAUGCUUGUCUUGAGCGGAUUAAUCAGUCAAUGCCGAGCGGAAAUACACGGUGUCAAAUUCAGAACGGGAAUCAGUGUCACCCCAUCUUGGGCACAGACUCCUACAGUUGCACGUGUAUAACAAACUACCUGUCCCUAUCCGUAAGUGAAGAUAACUGCCUCGGUCAGCGGGACCCUUGCAAGAUAAGAGCUUCGGGUACCAAGCAUGAUUACCAACGAACCAAUCCUGCGACAGAUUACGACUUGGUCCAUCUCAAGGUCGACUGUUUGAAUGGUGGAGAAUGUGUUGCAUCCGGUGACCUUAUGAGGACUGCUUGCGUGUGCCCACAGUCACCUUCAGGUGGACUGCUCUUUCAAGGGCAGGUAUGUGAGUUUGCAGUCGGAGUUUGGUCUAGCUGGUCUAAACCGUCAUUAUGUCUGCCGCAACGCUGUGGGCACACGCGAUACCGAUGGCGACGGCGGAAAUGCUUGAAUGGAACUGGACCACACCACUUGGUCGGUGCAGGUAGCCGUUCCGUAGAAUUAAAACACCAGCGGAAGCAGCGUGUACAAUUUCUGCUACCAUGCAUUGGAGCCUCCGAGGAGGUUAGUUUCUUUCCUCUCACAGUUGAUUUGGAAAAUAUUUCAAUUUAUCCCACUGCUAAAGUUUAUUAG